AUGACCUCCACCACCCUGAUGCCUGUCCGUGUCUCCCUGCGACGAGAUCCUCAUCACGGCCAUUCCCCCGACCAGCCGGACUCCGAGCCACCAGCAAAGCGAGCUCGUCUCCAGACUCAAUCGUCAUCGCGUCGUCGCAAAAGCUCCCCCGAUCUGCUGGACACCACCACGACGGAAAACUCAUCCUCCUCGGCUGCCACACCCUACAAACUCUCGUCUCAUCAUCCCCUGCGCCGGCGGACCUCGACGCGCCGCCCGCUGGCCAGCAAUAAUCCCACAUCGUCGUCACCGGCCACUCCGCGACCGAAUCCCCGUCGCAUUCUCCGCAAUGAUUCCACCCCCACGAUCACAUCAUAUUUCCUUCCUGUCGGUCGCGAAUCGCCAGACCCAUUAGAUACCAUUUCCCCCUCCGCGACGGCCAACUCGUCGGUCUCGCGGAGGGUCGCCCCGGCGGGGACACCCUCCGCCGUCACCACCGCCGCCUCCUCUUCCGCCCGUCGCCCGCGCCGCUCAACUGCCGCCGCUGACCCCGAGCCUGAGGCAGCUGCAACGCCUAUACAGCAGCCUACAUCGGCCUCGACAGCAUCCAAACCGUCUCAGCCUGCUCCGGAUGCGACCCCACAGCAGCCGACAGUUCCGACCGAGCAGCCCUCCACCGGGCGCGAGCAACGGCGCUCCCUCCGCUCUCACGAUGGUGGCUCCCGCGCGCGCAGCGAGCUGGCGCUCUACUUUCCCAACUACGAAGAGCUCCUCAGUAUGGAGCCGCCAAAGACCGAGUUUCUUGCGGGAAAUACCACCAUCAAACUCCUCGACGACCUCUCCGAACCGCUCAUACCAUCCUCCGACCCCAUUUCUGAUACCGAUACACCCUUUGGAAACCCUCUCUUGAACCUCCACAACUGCGAAAUAAUCACCCUUCCCGAUCCUUCUACCUCUCCACCCAUACCUCCCACCGCCGAAGAUUCCACCACAACCUCUCCCGACCCUCUCAGCGAAGAAACCUACUUCCGUCCGCACCGACGCAAUGAGCGACAAGAAAAGCAACUGCGCAACAUCGAGCGCGACCGCGCCCAGCACGAAAAGCAAAACUUAGAUCGUCUCCUGGAUGACCUCCAAGGCCACGACUGGCUGCGCGUCAUGGGAAUCACCGGACUGAUCAGCGACCCCGAGCGCAAACACUUCGAGUCUAAACGCACCUACUUCAUCCGGGAAAUCUCCGCCGUCCUACAGAAGUUCAAAAUCUGGAGGGAAGAAGAAAAGCGUCGCAAGUCAGAAAAGGACAAACCAGCCGAGGAAGAGCCCGUCCCACCCACCACCGCCAGCAGUAGCAAAAAGGACCACUCCCCAGAGACAACAGCCACAUCCACCAAUGGCGACGCAGAAGAUGGCACCACCCCGUUAUCCGACGCCCAAAGCUGCGGCGGAGAUCCCCCAGACCCCAACGACGUCGACGCCUGGGCAGCAAGACAACUACACCAGGAAGCAAGAUCCGCCACUACAACAACCACAACAAACACCACAAACCCUACCACCACAAGUACCUCAACAGGCAAGAAACUAACCAAACCAUCAUCCUCCACCAAACACAAAGCCACCGCCUCCAAUAUAGCCCCUCCGCCACCACCACCACCAGCAGAAGAACUAAUACCCCCCGAACCCACCAAACCCUUCACCUCCUUCUACUCGAAACCCCAUCUUCGCGAACUAGCCCUCUCCGGACCAGCCCGGAAAGGUCGAACCCGCUUAGCCUUUGGACAACCUAUUCCCGAGAUUGAAGAGCGCGAGUUCGAGCUCCCUGCGGAGAUUCUCACGCCCGAGGCGAUCGAUUCGUGUCGACGGAAGAGGCGAAGGAUGAAGAGAGCGAGUGGACGCGGGGAGACGGGGUAG